CUUUCUUCUUCUCGAUUCAAAACUCCAAGCCCCUUCUCCCCUCCCCUCCUCUCACCACCCCCCAAAACCCUACCACAUCCUCCUCCACCGACGCCAGCCAUGGCGUCGCGUCGCCCCCGUGACGGUAAGCGCCUCUCCCCACAGCCCAUCCGUAACCCUAGCCCCAACCCCAGCCCGAACCCUAACCCCGCCCCCUCCCGCCCCAGUCCGCGACCCGGUGCUGGACAUGGGGUUUUCCAGGCGGCCUCCGACGACAACCUCCCCCUCUUCAAGGCGCUGGUCAUGGUGCUGGACAUGGGCAGGGGCUGCCCCAAGGAGGCGAUUGAGGGGUUGAGGGUGGAGGAGGCUGGGAAGCUCCAAGGUUUCAGCGCGCUGCACAUCGCCGCCACUAGAGGGAGCCUGCGGGUGUGCAGGUACCUCGUCGAGGAGCUGCUGAUAGAUGUGGAUCUGGUCGACAAGGAAGGUAGAACACCUCUGUUGUUUGCAACAUACCACAAUGGGGGUACUGCCGAGUAUCUUCUCGAUCAUGGUGCUGAUCAAGACAAAGCCAAUAAUGAUGGGAUUUCCCUGUUACAUUAUGCCGCUGAAUCAGGCAAUUGUGAAAUGCUAGAGCUUUUCCUUGCAAAAGGAGCUUAUGUUGACCCGGUAGCUGCUCAUGGAACACCACUUCAUGGUGCUGCUGGUGAAGGGCAAUAUGGUGCUGUGAAGAUUUUAUUGGACCACAAUGCAGAUUACAACAAGAUGGUAAAUGGUGUGACACCUCUUAUGGCUGCUAGAGAUGCCAACUCAACGGAAUGUAUCAAGCUCCUAGUUAAGGUUCAGGAGGAGCCCAUGCUUAAACGGGAAAUCGUGGCAUCAGAGCUUAUAUCACUAGGGAGUAUCUCUUUAAAGAAAAAAGAUUAUGCUGUCGCAGCAAAAUUGUACAGUCGGGCAAUGCAGCUUGAUCCUGAUGAUGCAGUCUUGUUCUCAGACAGGAGCCUUUGUUGGCUUCACAUGGGCGAUGGAAGAAAGGCUUUGCUAGAUGCUAAUAAAUGCAGAAAAAUGCGGCCUCACUGGCCAAAAGCUUGUCGCCGGCAGGGUGAAGCUCUGAUGCUACUGAAGGACUAUGAGGGCGCAAGUGAACGGUUCUUGGAUGGUCUCAAAUUGGACCCAGUGGACACUGACAUCGAGGAUGCAUUACGGGAAGCUAUGAAGUCCUUGAAGACGUCUAGGAGCACGAAAGCCAGGUGACUAUUUGGGUGUUGCAGGGGAAUCAGUUGAAGACUUGAAACGGCUCAGGAGUUUCUUCAUUUGUGCAAAAACUGGUUAUUAGAAAGUAAAGCGAAGUGUCUGAUGGGAGUAUUACCGUUGCAAGUUUGUAUGAGCAUGGCUGUUGAUCAAUGCAGUAAUGUUGGUGGAA